CUGAGUGCUAACUGCUAUGCUAGCUAGCUUCUCAAAACGACCAAACAUUUCCCUUAUAUCUGAGUAGGUGGUGCAAUAUAAGAUGCCACCCAAGAAGAAAGGAUCAAGUAAAAAGCCUCCAAAGGCGAUAACUCCCACGCUUAUUGAUGGCCUUUCCAAAGAUGAGAUGUCCAAGGAGCAGCUGGAAGAACACAUUGUGCGCCUUCGAGAGGAGCUGGAUAGAGAGAGGGAAGAGAGAAACUACUUUCAGCUCGAGAGGGACAAAAUCCACUCGUUUUGGAAGAUCACAGAAAGACAACUUGAGGAGGUCAAGGCUGAGCGGAAGAACUUUGAUAAGGACAUAGAAGAGGAUGAGGGGCGCCACCAAGUAGAGAUCAAGGUCUAUAAGCAGAAGAUGAAGCACCUCCUGUGUGAACACCAGAACACCAUCUCUGAGUUGAGAGCAGAUGCUUUAGUCUCCACUCAGGCGGGGCAAAAAGAGCAAGGACAGCUAGAGACUCAGCUUCAUAAGGACAUGAAGGCCAUCAUGGUCGACAAGCAGGAACACGAUAAUGAAAACCUCGUCAAGGAACUUGAUCUGAAAAAUGCUGAAGAAAUUGCUGAAAUAAGAGACAGCUUGGAGAAGAAACUCGCAGGAAUCCAAGCCAAGUAUGAGAAAAAGAUGGAUAUACUGCCAUUAGAGCUGCACAACAUGAGGAAACAAGAGACCAGUCAGAGAGAAGCACUUUGGAACAGACACAUUAACACUGUUAUAGAAGACCACAACCAAACCUUUAAGGAAGCGAAAGCUCUCGUUGAUGGCAUGCCUCAGGAUUUGGAUACGAACGAUACAGUCAAGCUACUAAUACAAGCCAUGAAGUGCAAACAGAAGCAGAAGAUACAGGAUUUGACCGAUCUUUGGGACGAUAACAAACGUCUCACUGAGCUUCUAUCCAACGUCAAAGAGCAAAUUGUUAAAAAGGAGAAAAAAAUCCAUAACUAUACAACGAAAACGGAUUUCAAUGAAAAGCUAAAAAAGAAUGAGCUGGAUGAUCUGAAACGGGAAUGUGAAACUAUGGAACAGAAAUUCAGCAAGCUUCAGCAGGAAAGGGAUGAGCUAUACAAGACCUUCACUGAGAACGUUCAGAAGGUGCAGCAUAAAGUGAAUCUGAAGAGCUCGCUGCUGGAGUUGAAGCUGGAAGGCCUGACAGAGAGCGUGGAGAAGACGCAGGCUCAGCUCUUCUCUGUGAUUUCUGCCUCUAACAUGGACCAAACUGCCAUUAAUGGGGUCACUAACAAAAUUGAGGAAUAUCUUGACUCCAGUAAUAAUUCCAUCAAGAAGUUACAGAAUAAAAGAGCUCAGAUUUCCAAGGCUCGUAAGGAUUUGCUGCUGACCUACGAAGCAAAGCAAAGAUCUCUCCGUGUCUCGGUGGUGGGGUUUUGAGUUAAACCCUUUGAGAGCAGUCAUGCCGGGAAACAGUCUCUAACAGGACUUGGAUCUUGGAUUUGCCCAAAAAUGGGAAGUAAUAUACACUGUAAGAGUUAACAGCAAAUCAUCUCUCUUUUUUGCCUCUGAUAUCAUUUGUCUGACAGCUUUGUCAU